AUGGAUUGGCCAAAACGUCAAACAUUUUUUGGGGAUCCAAAAAGCAUGCCGAAGAUUGUGUUUGAUAGAACAGCAGCCAAAUAUGGCACGGUGGAUAGUGCCACAGUAGCUGUGGAGAGCGACUACUUCGUGGCUAUUAAUAUUGAAUUUGUCAAUUCGGCUUCAAUGCCGGAUGCAAAGAGAGAUGAUCAACAGGCAGUGGCCUUGAGAAUAUCAGAAGAUAAGACAGCGUUCCAUAACUGCAAAUUUAUUGGUUAUCAAGACACCUUAUGUGAUUUUGUUGGCAGACAUAUUUUCAGAGACUGUUACAUUGAAGGCCCCGUUGAUUUCAUCUUUGGAGAUGGUCAAUCCUUAUACCUGAACUCGAAUAUAAAAUCAGUGGCAAUAGGUUUAUCAGUAAUAACAGUCCAUGGCAGACAAGAAGUGAGUGGCUCAAGUGGAUUUGCAUUCGUCCAUUGCAAAAUAAUCGGCAGUGGUGACACAUAUCUUGGACGUGCAUGGAAGAAAAGCCCUAGGGUGAUAUUUGCUUUCACAUUCACGGGUGAACACAUCAACGAUCAAGGAUGGCUUAAUGGCAUGUAUGGAGAAUCUAAUAACAAUCAAAAUUGCAAUUAUGCAGAAAGGAGUGUUAUAGCAACUGUAAUUGAUUGGCAAAGAUUAAAGACGGUUAAGGAGGUCCGAAGUUUCUUUAGGUUGGCAGGUUAUUAUAGAAGUUUUGUUGAUGAUUUCGCCAAGUUAGCUAAGCCCCUUAUGACACUCACUAAGAAAGAGAUGUUGCUUCAAUGGACCUUGCUUGAGGAUGGGGUAGAGUUUGAUGUCUACAUUGAUGCUUCUCACAGUGAGAUUGGUGUUGUAUUGAUACAAUGA